CGCUCUACAGGGACGUCAUGCAGGAGAAUUAUGAGACUGUGACCUCGCUGGGACUCCCCAUUCCGAAACCUGCCCUGAUUGCCCAGCUGGAAGCAGGGGAAGAGCCAUGGGUCACCGAUCUCCAGUGCUGCGAGGAAAGGAAGAUCCCAAGAGGCACCCGCACAGAUGAUGGGAGAAUGAGUGAAAAUGAGGAGGGGAAUCCACAGCGGGAAGGUCCUGUGCAAGUGGAACUGCAGAGGAACUUUUUGAGAAGAGCUGAAGAGAACUUUUCCCAGUUCUUGGAACAGAGAAAAGCCUGGAGUAAUUGGCACAGGUCAGAGAGGAAGCUGGGAAACCACCCAAGAAAGAAAGUGCAUGAAUCCUUUGAAUGUGGUGGAGAAGACAAGGAUUCCAAAGAAACCACAACCCAGCAGACAAAUCCCAAAGAAAAGAAACCCUAUAAAUGCUUAGAAUGUGGAAAAACCUUCAAUUGGAGCUCAAAUCUUACUGCCCAUCGGAGACUGCACACGGGAGAGAAACCGUAUAAAUGCCUUGAGUGUGGGAAAAGCUUCAGUCAGUGCUCAGGCCUUAUUAGGCAUGGAAGAAUCCACACAGGAGAGGGACCACAUAAAUGUCUUGAGUGUGGGAAAAGUUUCAGUGCACCAUCAGCCCUUAUUGUACAUCAGAGAACCCACACGGGAGAGAAACCCUAUAAAUGUUUAGACUGUGGGAAAUGCUUCAGUCAACACUCAGGCCUUAUUAGCCAUGGGAGAAUCCAUACGGGAGAGGGUCCACAUAAAUGCCUUGAGUGUGGAAAAAGUUUCAGUGGACCAUCAGUCCUUAUAAUACAUCAGAGAACCCACACAGGAGAGAAACCGUUUAAAUGCUUGUACUGUGGGAAAAGUUUCAGUCAGCGCUCACAUCUUACUUGCCAUGGGAGAAUCCACACAGGAGAGGGACCGUAUAAAUGCUUGGACUGUGGGAAAAGUUUCAGUGGACCAUCAGCUCUUAUUGCACAUAAGAGGACCCACACAGGAGAGAAACCCUAUAAAUGCUUGGAUUGUGGGAAAAGCUUCAGUGUGAGCUCAGGUCUUUUUAUCCAUAGGAGAAUCCACACAGGAGAGAAACCGUAUAAGUGUCUUGAAUGUGGAAAAAGUUUCAGUGCAUCAUCAGCCCUUAUUACACAUCAGAGAACCCACACGGGAGAGAAACCCUAUAAAUGCUUGGACUGUGGGAAAAGCUUCAGUCAGCGCUCAGGCCUUAUUAGCCAUGGGAAAAUCCAUACGGGAGAGGGACCAUAUAAAUGCCUUGAGUGUGGGAAAAGUUGCAGUGCACCAUCAGCCCUUAUUACACAUCAGAGAACCCACACGGGAGAGAAACCCUAUAAAUGCCUUCAGUGUGAGAAAAGUUUCAGUGCACGAUCGGUCCUUAUUGUACAUCAGAGGACCCACACAGGAGAGAAACCUUAUAAAUGCUUGGACUGUGAGAAAAGCUUCAGUCAGAGCUCAAAUCUUGCUGCCCAUCGGAGACUGCACAUGGGAGAGAGACCCUGUAAAUGAUUGGACUGUGGGAAAAAUUUCAGUGGACCAUCAGCCCUUAUUUCACAUCAGAGAACCCACACAGGAGAGAAACCCAUAUAAAUGCCUCCACUGUGGGAAAAGUUUUAUUUGAAAGUCAAACCUUGCUUCAUAUCAGACAAUCCACACGAGAGAGAACCCAUAAAUGUUUGGAUUGUGGGAAAAGCUUCAAUAAGUGCAGGAAAAGAUUCAAUCUGAGCUCACACAUUAUUCCCCAUCGCAUAAUUCACAGAAGAAAGAGCUUGAAUGUGGGGGAAGCUUUAUUUGGUGCUCACACGGCAUCAAGAAUCAGCAAAUCCACACAGGGAAGAGUCCUCUCAGAUGUCCUUAGCAUGGAAAAAGCUUCAGUUGGAUCUAACACCACAUUGGACAUCCUCCACACGGGAGAGAAAUUCUCUCAGUGCCGUGACUAGGGCUCGCCUUAGUAAAAACUCCAUUUCCUAAUUCCCACACACAUCAGAGGCAUUUGGCUCCCAGGUAUCCAUCUACCCAUCUUUGGGGGCAGCUUUCAGCAGCUGCUGACCCUGAGCUGAUCAGUGAUACUCUGGCUUGCCUGGUCUAAGCUAACCGCAGGCGGAGGAGGAGAAGUUCAAAUCAGCCCCGUGAUGGGUUGCCCCCCGAUGCCACCUGAUGUACUGGGGUUCCACUGAGCCCGCCUGUUCCACCAGCCAGGGUCCCCUCACCCUGUCCUGCCAAGCCAGGCUUUCCAGCCUACACUGGCAAACACACAGGUAGGGCCACAUCCUGCUGCAGAAAAACCCAGACACUGAGAUUAAGUCUGCACGGGAAGAUCCAGCUUGGGAAGUGCCCAGCACUUGUGUGCACACCACCGUAGGAGUGCAAACCCGAAGUUUGCAUUGUCUUGUGCUGUACAGCAAACUGUGCAAUGUAAGCUCAUUGAUCACCCCCUACCUCGAUGUGGAAGAAGAUAUGCACAGAUUCUUGUCUCCCCAGUUACGGAUUCCACAAACUGGGGCUGCAGAGACGUGCCAGCAGCCAGUCGCUUCCGGGCGGCAUGGGGCCAUGCAUGCAGGCAGCCUGCCUGAGCCCUGCUGCGCCACUGGACUUUUAGCGGCCCGGAGAUUGCGAUUGACUGGCAGAGGCUCCAGGAUCGACCAGUCGAUCACGAUUGACAGAUGUUGGCUUUACAGUAUGGAAACCUUCAACUACGAUGCACCAAGCAGAGCUAAAACUGGCCUGCUACAUUGCCUGCCACUCAAUGGUUAGUUCCAUGGAUCAUUUUGGGAAAUUUGUCAGAUCAGCUUUCAAGAGAGAGGCUGUUCUUCCCAGUCCUCCUUGGCAAUGUCCAAUACACAACGGGGACGACAACCAUAUAGCAGCUCAAAGUGGGAGAACCCCGUGGACGUUUGGGGAACUUCCCUUAUGGCAAACAUCAGGUAAGGUAGCAAGGUAUCCCAAUUCUUCCCAUCCCGGCUCACCACUUCCCUUAUCAUGUUCUUCAGUGUCCUAUUAAAGCAUUCGACAAGGCUGCCAGUCUGAGGAUGGUAGGCUGAUGUUCACAGGGCCCGUAUGUGGAGCAUUGCACUCAGGUCCUUGAUCAGUUUUGACACAAAGGGGGUUCCCUGAUCCGUUAAGAUCUCUUUGGGUGUCCCUACCCUAGAGAAAAUUUGAAUUAGUUCCUUCGCUAUUGUCUUGGACAUUGUGUUACGUAGGGGUAUGGCUUCUGGGUAUUGGGUGGCGUAGUCCAGAACUACGAGCACACACUGAUGGCCUUGGGCCUACUUCUCCAGUGGGCCUAUUAGGUCCAUGGCUAUCCUCUCAAACGGGACUUCAGUAAUCGGCAAA